CACCCACUAUACAAUGCCACAGGGCAUAUUUUACGAAGAUUUGUAUAUAAAUAGGCUGCCUCAAUACUGGGGAAAGCCUGGGGCUUAUGUAAUAGUUAGUCUACAGAUGAUCGGCAGCGAGAUCGUCACCAAGACAACAGUUGAAUCUACGGAACCAACAUCUCCAUACCUAUUCCUAAUUAAUCCAUAGCAUCCGAUAGACGCGUAUAAUAGACCUUUUAUCAAAUUCAUAUUUGUACAUAGCGAUAAAAUUAAUUUAAAGGAACCUGAUACGAAAAUAUCGUAUCUAGGACUCAAGCAAGGGGCUUCAAAUUUUGUACCCAAUAUCCACUCACCGUCGCAUCGUCGCACCGACGUGAGCAACUCUACCUAAGACGCGUGUAACACACCUCUGCUCAAUAUCACCAUGUUAGGUCAUUUCACACUACGCCAUAUUCCCCCGCUCUUCGUCGCCUGUUCGGCAACUUUCGGCGGGCUAUGGCCUCUGUUCAACGCGAAAGCUGCCAUGCUCGAAUUCGGUUUUCCUACGCACAUCGCCAAUUCGCCCCCGACGUAUCCUGUUAUGAUUACCCAAUCUAUUCGCACUAGCGCUUUGGGGCUGAUUAUGCUCACUUUUUAUUCUCAACAAAAGCUUGCGGAGGUUGAUACCGUUAUGGCUAUUAUGGGUACCUACCUCGGCGUCGCGGAUAGCUAUGCGCUAUGGGCUGAUAGCCGGGGCAAAGCUGUUUUCCAGCUUAUUUCUGGGCUUUUAAUCGGUGCUUGGGGGCUCGCGGGGUUGACUAAAGGACUUUGAGACUGCAUUCAUACCUGUUCCUCGAGUCAUUUGUUUUAUUUGGCUUGUAUAUAAUACCCACGGAAUUUCGAUUUGUUUUGCGUCGAAAUGAAUUCAUUACACACUCUUCCAGCUCCGUGGACGGCGAGAGAAUUAAGUAGAAUCACGAAGGCAUCUCUGUUCGAAAAAACUUUAUGUUCAGCACCCUCGCGGAAAAUAGUGAUCGCGGAUAGUAUAAGAGUAAGAAGCUACAACAGCGUCACCCGAUGGUUUCUGAAAACGGUUGUUGGAGGGUAAAAUCGUUGUUGCCAGAAUAAUAGUUAUUUUUGAAGAAUUGAUAGCCAAUCAGAAGCC